AUGCUUCGUCCGACAAGAACGCUGCGACAAGCGGCUCGCGCCGUCGCACGCGCACCUCAUCCAUCGCUCACUCUUUCCAAUGCCGUCCGCUCUGCGCUCACCGCAUCUACCAAGACUCCACUCGUGGCGCUCGAGUCUACUAUCAUCACCCACGGCCUCCCCUAUCCUUACAAUCUGGAAGUGGCCCGCGAGCUUGAGCAGACGGUAGUUGACCAAGGUGCCGUUCCUGCCACGAUCGCUCUACUGGAUGGUCAAGCUUUGGUCGGCCUUAACUCGCAGCAGCUCGAGAGGCUCGCCCGGUGCGCUGUUGACCAGUCUAAGAACGAUGCCAUCAAAGCAAGCCGAAGAGACAUUGCUCAUGUUCUCGCGAAGGGCAGUGAUACCGUCGGUGGCACCACCGUGAGCGGAACAAUGGUCUUGGCUUACAUGGCUGGCAUCAAGAUCUUUGCUACAGGCGGCAUCGGCGGUGUGCAUCGCGGAGCUGAGUCGACCAUGGACAUCUCAGCUGACUUGUCCGAACUCGGUCGCACGCCCGUAGCAGUCUUUUGCUCUGGACCCAAGUCCAUCCUCGACAUCCCACGCACGCUCGAAGUGCUCGAGACAUUCGGAGUCUCCGUCACGACGUUCAAUCCCACUGGAGAGUUCCCCGCCUUCUACACCUCCAACUCUGGACUCCACGUUCCUUACGCCGGCAACGACACGCAGGCUGCCAAGUCCAUCCUUGUCAACGCCCAGCUCGGCCUUCAGAGCGGUCAAGUUUUCGCCAAUCCCAUUCCUACUGAAUUCGACCGCAUCGGCGCCCAGAUUCAGCAACGUGUCGAACAGGCAGUACGCGAAUCGAUAGAACAAGGCAUCGACAAACGUGGCAAAGAGGUGACGCCUUGGCUACUCAAACGACUAGCAGAGCUCAUCCCAGAGAGCAAGCAGAGCAAUCGUGCGCUCGUCGUCAACAACGCCAAAAAGGCGGCGCAAGUAGCGGUCGAACUCGACAGAAUGGAGAAGGAGGUUGAGCGUGCUGUCGACACACAUGCUCUGGGUGGCAUCCCAUCGACUGUGAGUUGA